UUUUUUUUUUUUUAAGGAAAAAGAUUGUCAGGUCUUGGUCAGAGGGGUCUUGUAUUCUUCGAAUGCUGAGUCUGUUUUAGGUUUGAUUACAGUGUAGGUUUUUUUGUAAAUGUUUGCUCCCCCCUGCUCAAUCCUGUCUUGAUUUAUAUUUUGAAAAAUAAAACCAGGAUCUUUCAAACCAAGGCUCUUUUGACUUCAGUUUGUGUGCAAUGUGGGGAUAAAAUGCUGAAUCAAGGAAACUUGGGAAUGUAUUAAAGUGGGGGAACAUGUCAUCUGUUCAUGGGGUGAUACAAAUGUUUAAUUUCUAAGUGAGAAAUUUGUUCAUUUACUGCUCUGCAGCCUUGGUCUAGAUUAUCAGGAAAAUGAACAGGUGUUGUUUAUAGACGUGGAUGUGCAGCCGCUAAUGUCAUCCCAUUCGCGCUCUUGUGUUCAAGCUGCAUUGAGGAUCUCUGACUCUAAGCUCUGACUGCUCCAGCUUCUGCUCGCUUCCGCCCUGCCAGGAGACACGCCUGGCUGAUUUCAAAACCGGUAUCGGCCCAUCAUGGCCGGAAUGACUGAUAAUAUUCCCCUGCAGCCGGUUCGGCACAAAAAACGACAUGACAACAAAAAUAAAAUCGGGUGCUGCCCGUGGUCGAGGUGUUGCGGAGCGGGAGAGUUUCGUCCUCGGACAGUAUGGCUCGGACAUCCUGAGAAAAGGGAACAGCGGUACCCGAAGAAUGUCAUCAAUAACCAAAAGUAUAAUUUCUUCACCUUUCUGCCAGGGGUGCUGUUUAACCAGUUCAAGUACUUCUUCAAUCUGUACUUUCUGCUGCUGGCCUGCUCUCAGUUUGUGAAUGAACUCAGACUAGGGGCUCUGUACACCUACUGGGUUCCACUGGGUUUUGUUUUGAUCAUCACCAUAGUGAGGGAAGCAGUCGAAGAAAUCCGAUGUUUUCUGCGGGACAAAGAGGUCAAUUCACAGAUUUAUAGCAAGCUCUGUACAAGAGGAACAAUGAAGGUGAAAAGUAGCAGCAUCCAAGUUGGAGAUCUUAUCAUCGUUGAAAAGAAUCAACGUGUUCCUGCUGACAUGAUCUUCCUUCGGACCUCUGAAAGAAACGGUUCAUGCUUUCUGAGGACCGACCAGCUGGAUGGAGAAACAGACUGGAAACUGCGCCUCCCAGUGGCCUGCACACAAAGACUUCCUACUGCAGCAGACCUUCUACAGAUCAGGUCGUUUGUGUACGCCGAGGAACCGAAUAUCGACAUCCAUAACUUCAUCGGUACCUUUACACGGGAGGAUGGAGACCCUCCCGUGAACGAGAGCCUGAGUAUCGAGAACACACUGUGGGCCAGCACUGUUGUUGCCUCGGGUACAGUGAUAGGGGUUGUGAUUUACACCGGCAAAGAACUACGCAGCGUUAUGAACACGUCUAAUCCAAGAAAUAAGAUCGGCCUUUUUGACCUGGAAGUGAAUUGCUUAACCAAGAUUCUGUUCGGAGCCCUGGUGGUGGUCUCUCUGGUCAUGGUGGCUCUGCAGCACUUUGCUGGUCGCUGGUACCUUCAGAUCUUCCGCUUCCUGUUGCUCUUUUCCAACAUAGUGCCCAUCAGUUUGCGUGUAAACCUGGAUAUGGGCAAGAUGGUGUUCAGCUGGAUGAUCAAGAAGGAUUCCAAAAUCCCCGGGACUGUGGUUCGAGCCAGCACCAUCCCCGAGCAGCUUGGACGAAUCUCCUAUCUCCUCACUGAUAAAACGGGAACUCUCACACAGAACGAGAUGGUGUUCAGGCGUCUUCAUCUUGGCACCGUGGCAUAUGGAAUGGAUUCUAUGGAUGAAGUGCAGAGUCAUGUGUUCAGCGCCUACACUCAGACUCCACAUGACCAGCCGGCCUCCAGAGCCCCAAUCACCACAAAGGUGAGGAAAACCAUCAGUAGCCGAGUACACGAGGCAGUGAAGGCCAUUGCCCUGGUGCACAACGUGACACCCGUGUACGAGGGGAACGGCGUGACCGAGCAGGCCGAGGCUGAGCAACACUACGAGGACACGUGCAGGGUUUAUCAAGCCUCCAGCCCUGACGAGGUGUCACUGGUACAGUGGACAGAAAGUGUUGGACUGACUCUGGUGGGAAGAGAUCAGUCCUCCAUGCAGCUGAGGACCCCUAGUGGUCAAAUCCUCAAUUUUACCAUCCUGCAGAUUUUCCCUUUCACCUAUGAGAGCAAGCGCAUGGGAAUCAUAGUGCGUGAUGAGACGAAUGGAGAGAUCACAUUUUAUAUAAAAGGAGCUGAUGUUGUGAUGUCGGGAAUAGUACAAUACAACGACUGGCUGGAAGAGGAGUGUGGGAACAUGGCCCGCGAGGGGCUGCGAGUCCUCGUGGUGGCUAAGAAAUCUCUGACAGAGGAGCAGUAUCAAGAUUUUGAGGCACGCUAUGUCCAGGCCAAGCUGAGUGUCCACGACCGCUCACUUAAGGUGGCCACGGUCCUCGAGAGUCUGGAAAUGGAGAUGGAGCUACUAUGUCUGACCGGGGUGGAGGACCAGCUACAGGCUGAUGUGAGACCAACGCUGGAGAUCCUGCGCAACGCUGGCAUUAAAGUAUGGAUGCUGACAGGAGACAAACUGGAGACAGCCACUUGCACAGCCAAGAACGCCCACUUGGUGACCCGUACUCAGGACAUUCAUGUAUUUCGGAAUGUGACCACACGCAGCGAGGCCCACCUCGAGCUCAACGCUUUCAGGAGGAAGCACGACUGCGCUCUGGUGAUAUCGGGAGACUCUCUUGAGGUAUGUCUGAAGUAUUAUGAGUAUGAGUUUAUGGAGCUGGCGUGCCAGUGCCCGGCUGUGGUGUGCUGUCGCUGUGCUCCAACACAGAAAGCACAGAUCGUCCGGCUGCUGCAGGAGCGCACAGGAAAACUCACAUGCGCUGUGGGGGAUGGAGGAAAUGAUGUCAGCAUGAUCCAGGAAGCAGACUGUGGCGUGGGAGUGGAAGGCAAAGAGGGAAAGCAGGCCUCACUUGCUGCUGAUUUUUCAGUGACUCAGUUUAAACAUUUGGGCAGACUGCUCAUGGUGCAUGGCCGAAACAGCUACAAGAGAUCUGCUGCCCUCAGUCAGUUUGUCAUUCACAGGAGUCUCUGUAUCAGUACCAUGCAGGCUGUCUUUUCCUCUGUUUUCUACUUUGCAUCGGUUCCCCUCUACCAAGGUUUUCUCAUCAUCGGCUAUUCGACGAUCUACACCAUGUUCCCCGUGUUCUCUCUAGUUUUGGAUAAGGAUGUGAAAUCUGAAGUGGCUAUGCUUUAUCCUGAACUUUACAAGGAUUUACUGAAGGGUCGACCACUCUCCUACAAAACAUUCCUCAUAUGGGUUUUGAUAAGUAUCUACCAAGGCAGCAUCAUCAUGUACGGCGCUAUGUUGCUCUUUGAGUCGGAGUUUGUGCACAUCGUGGCAAUUUCAUUCACCUCACUGAUCUUGACCGAGCUGCUCAUGGUGGCGCUUACGGUGCAGACAUGGCACUGGCUCAUGAUUGUGGCCGAGCUCCUGAGUCUGGCUUGCUACAUUGCUUCACUUGUCUUCUUACACGAGUUCAUUGAUGUCUAUUUCAUCACAACGCUGUCGUUCGUCUGGAAGGUGACCGUCAUCACUCUGGUCAGCUGCUUGCCACUGUACAUCCUGAAAUACCUGCGCAGGCGCUUCUCGCCUCCCAGCUACUCGAAGCUGACCUCCUAGAGCCUAUCGGCAUGAACUAUGAAAAGAACGACGCGUUACCUGGGUGUGUUCAUGUGUUGAUUUUUUCUUUUUUUUUCUUUUUAUUUGUGUGGACGACUCGAGCGAUUUGCACAGGCUUCGCUUCACUAGACGCAGCAGUAGAGAACGCCAACUCCAACAUAAAUGCAUGUCUCCAUAAAGAAUCUUCUCAUUCGUUUGUAGUCACACCAACGCUAUGCAGCUGAGCUGGGCUCCUAGAGGGCCUUCAGAGCUGAAUCACGAGGGUACUUUCAUGCUUGAUUGCUCGAGUGAGUCACUAGCGAGGGCUAAACAUGUGGGUUACUGUGGCUAGGCUGUACACUUUGAGAAGCCUGAGAGAAAUUAAAUUUUUUGUUUGCUUUUGUCAUUUUGCCGAUAAGGGAACGAAAAGGGAAAAGUGAAGCAAUACGUGGGAUCUCAGAAACCGAAUUCAUUUCAUUGAAUCGUAUUGCUGAUGGAAAGUCUUCAAAAAAAAUAAAUACAUAAAUAAAAUACAAAAUUGAAAAUAAACCUAAAGUGGUUCUAUAUAAGAUUAAGCCAGGACAAGUGUGUGUGUGUUUUAGAGCAUGUGUUUGUGUAGGUAUGUUGAUGCAAAUCUUAAAAUCAUACUUGUCACCGAGCCCUUGUAGUAUAGCUGAGCUUUUUCUUUUUUUAGCAUGCUGUGUUGUCUCAGAUGGUGGUGUUGGUUUGGGCUUACGGUUACUAAAUACCAGUGUGUUGUGUCUGAAGAUCCUGGUGAGUCAAACAAAAAUGCUAUUUUAGCUUGCAGCUCUCUUUUUUGGUCCCUCUGUCUAUGUCCACUCUUGUGGUGACCUCUGGUUUCCCUCUCUCUCUCUCUCUCAUUCUCUCUCUAUCUCUGUGCAUGAAUGAGUAGAUUUCAGGCAGGACACUAACCGCUACUACUCCCAGUCUACGUCUUUAUUGAACAUAUCACUUACUCAUAGGGCCACAUCCCUGCGUGUCUACGUUUCACGUGGCUCCAUGACAUCAGGUUUGUACAUAAGCUAUGCGAGCUAACGUGUGCACUUGACAUUGAUUAACUGUAUUUUAGUGCGUGGAUUUGUUCAAAGGCCAUUCUUUGUAUGGUAACGAUAGUGACGGUCUGCCAUUCGUGCUAUUUUGGGAAAAAAAAUGUGCCAUAUUGACCACUUGUCUUGCAAUCAGGGGUGCCAACAUUUAUGCCAUAACAUUUCAAAAUGUUUUAUUCAUUUUUUUUUUUUUCACAUUUUUGCUUUUCUUUCAUGUUCAGAGGUAUGAACACUACACUUUUUGGGUAUUUUAGUUAAAUGCAACCAUUCGAGCAAGCUUCAAAUUCAGUAAAACUUCUUUUACUGAAAGAGAAAGCACAAGUUGCAUGCUUACGUCAUUCCAAAUCAUCCUGAAUUUUUUGCAGGAUUUAAAUUAAACAUCAGAGUCCAACAUGUAUAUAUGAGUAUUCCUUUUAAGCCAGACAACCUACAGUAUUGUUAAAGUGGUCUAUUGAUAAUUCUGACCAUAUUGUUCACAUUUUAAGGAGGAAAUCAAACUCAACUCAAAGCUUGCUAACAAAAAUUAAAUAUGGAAUUGGCCAUGUUUUUUUGUUUGUUUGUUUGUUUGGUUUUUUUUGUAAAACUCUGAGAUUAAAAAUGACAUCAUUCAAGUCCAGAUUUCCCACUGAGUGAAUACCCUUUAAUGAGUGUAUUCGACAGACUUACAUUUGUGAACCAAUAAAAAGAAAAGAAGGCAUAUUGUGUCUAUAUGCUAGGAUUUACUUUGUUAGCAGUGUUGGCACCUCUGCAUGCGAAAUGUCCUGUUUGUGGGUGCAAUACAUUACAUUUAAGAAGGGAACAUUUACAAAAAAGAAGGGAAGUUUCAACCUAAUCACUAUUGUGUUCCUUCAAAUAUCAUGUGCAAAAGAAAAUGUGUAUUGCAGUAAAUAAAUCCUUAAAUGAAUAGUAAUUUAAGCAAGCAAGAUGAUGUAAGUAUGAAUUGUUUCAAAUAUCACUAUGUGGUGAUUUCUGUUCACAAAACAUUGUACUACUGAUGGCUUGGCAGUUAGGACUAGAAUGCAAUGCCAUGUAUUUCAUGUGAUUCCUGUUGCUGUUGUUUUGGUUUUUUUUGUUUUCCUUUUUUCUUUUUUUUUAUAAAUGGCAGGACUACUUUUUAUUAGCAAACGAAUUGUGAAUUGUUGUCGUGUAAAUAACGAAACCUAAUGAAUUUUAUUUAUUAACAUUUCUAAUUUGCGUUGGAAUUUGCACACUGAUAACUGCAGAACAAAAAAAUAAAUAAAUAAAAAAGUCUCUGAGGUGUUAAAAUAAAGAUGGAUUUUCUUAUUAUAAAUUGUG